AUGCCUGACGUGUGGCUACGGACAGGAAGUUGGGAGGUUAAUAUUUGAGGCAACGCUUCCACUAUCAUUGGUUUCUGAUGUGUGCAAAAUGGGGGACUCACUCGAGUCCACCAAUGUGGACCCAGAAAUUCCGUUACUUGGGUCAUCGACAGGUUCCCUAGACUCAAGUGGAAGGAAGGUUAGACCACCAAACAAGAAACGGUAUGAUGAAGAGCUUGAAGCUCUCCAAAGCACCAUCAAGGAAAAGGAAGCUGAGCUUAGGUCAAUUACACAGUACCUGAGUGAUGACACACACAAGAAUGGCCUUCGUACCAUGAGAUCUGAGAAAAGUAAACUUAUAGAUAGACUCAAACAGAUUGAACAGGAGUUGAAAACCCUCAACUCAGACAUCUUGAAAAAGAAAGCUGAAUUAGACCGUUUACAAUCUUCUCUUCACUACAAGAGUGAAGACCGGAUAGACCAUUCCAUAACAAGGCUUGACUCUUUGCUGAAGAAUCAGAACUUUAAACUGUCUGAAGAAAAGAAGAUUGUCAGUGAAAUUAAUAGCUUGAAACGUUCAAAGAAAGUCCUGCGAGAUUUCUUGACACUGAAGAAAGAGAACGACGACAUGCGAAGUAGACAGAAACGCCUGCGAGAAGAACGAGAUAACUCACAGAAAUUUGUUAACCAGCUUCGCCGGAAAGAAGACGAACAUAAAGAAACGGUUCAGAAGAAGAAAUUUCGGAAGGACACCCUAAAGAAAGAGCUUGACAAUUUGUACGACAUGAAGCGAAGGAUGGUUCAGGAUUUUAAACAACAGGAGAAGGAUUAUGUUGAAGUCAAAGGAGAGAGUCGACGACAGAAACGAAAAGAAAAGAAAAAGGAAGAGCCAUGUUCUCAAAUGGAGGCAUUCCAGAAGUCUCUGGAGGAGUACACCAUACAACGAGAGCCCUACACAGAUGAGAUCAACUUGUGUAACACUCUUAUAUACUACCUGCAGAAAUACAUCCAGACCUCCGAUGACCAGCCACAGGAUGAUCCACCUGUAGGCAAGGGUCUCAAUUUGUCUUCGUCCAAUUGUUCCGCUGAACUAGCUGCUGAACUGGAGGAGGGAAUGUAUGUCCUCAAACGUAAGACAGAGGAUGAUUCAGAAUAUCCUGGGACAGGUCGUCGCUCCGGUAAGCGACGACCCAGCAAAAAAGGCAAACGUCUCUCCUCUGUUACUAAGCCUGUGACACAUACACCACAGAUAUUUUCCCAGUUUGCCUCCCUAAAUCUGAAUGCACCUUCAAAUCAUUCCGAAAUACCAGCGUCCUUAGAGCAGCUACAAGCUCGCAAGGAAUUCUACAAAAAUGGUUGCCAGCUAAACCAGAGUAUCGCAACCCCAGCCAUUGAGGAGCACCACACCAGUGAUGCGGGGAUCUCCACUAGUGAUGCAGGGAUUUCGCUUACAGAGAGUGGUAUGUGCGAGAUGUCUCGUCAGGCUAGUAACACUGAAAGUACAGAGAAUUCAACAGAGCUGCCGUUUACUGUUCUGGAUGAACUUAUGAAGCUGUCGAGUGAGGAAGCUGCAUCAGAGACAUUGUCUGAAGUUUCCGAGGAUACUCUAGGUCGUAGUAAUUCCAAUUCGGACUCCACUGAGCAUGCUCAGUCUGAGGGAGACUUAUCAGAUAGUAUUCCCACAUCUGUGCAGGAUAAAGAAAGUGACAGCAAUGAUAUAUGUGGUAUGAAGUCAGAGAGUGUAGCUGGGGUAAAAUGUGAGGGUAACUUAACUACUGAAUCAUUGCUCAAGGUACCACACAAUGAUACAGCACGCCAAUGUGAUAAUCAAAUAGUCCUCACUACUCAGAUGUUGGAGCAGGCCAAAGUCAACUCUAAUAUGCAUAAACUGAGUAUAUGUGAUGUCCCUGUGGACCAGGCAUCAAAGGUAAGGGAAGUGGUGGGUGAUGAUUGUCAGGAGACUGACUAUGAAUUUGAUAUGCCACUUGAAACCUCACCAUGUGUGUCUUGAUGUUGGUAGCUGAUUAGCCAUCAUGACUAUGUGUUGUGUAUGAUGCAUUCACGGAUUUAUGAAUGUCCUUGACUUUUACACUGAAGGGUUAGAAACCUGGAUCGGCAUGGUUAUACUAUAGGAUUAAAAAGGGAUGAAUUUGUAUGUUAGGUCUACUUUAUAUUCAUGCUUUGUUAUUUUCGGUAUUUAAGUACUAAAUACCGAACUUUUCAAAAUUACCUUGUUUCAUUCUGGGUUAGAAAUUACUUUGUGUUUUGUUCAGCCAAACUGUGUAAAAUUCAAAGACAUUUUUAGUCUUUUAUUGUUCACUGUAUCGGUAUAUAUAUAUUCAAGAAAUGAUAAGUGUAGAUUAGCUAUAUUUUGUGAGGUUUUAAUUUAAAUUGCAAAUUUUACUAGUAUGAUUGGGAAAACAAUUUCAUUUAGGAUAUAUAUAUUUUUGAGUAUCGUACAGAUUUGCUGGUUACUUUUACCGGUCAACAGUUUAUAUGGAGUAAUUAUUGUUUUAAUCGUGUCCGAGUUUUCUGGACAUUAUGUUGUUCAUUCCUUGUCAUUUUCAUUAUGAUAUGUUGAAAAUUAGGCCAGAAAAACAAUCCAAUAAAGAUACA